GUGUGUGUGUGUGUGUGUUAUUUAAACCACUCCUCCCCCUCCACGGUGAUUUCGUGAUGACAUUCCAGCCUGUUUGCUGAAGUUCGUUCACACACACUGGAGCAGUUUGGGAAUCCGCUGGGAAACACACGUGAAGCUCAGUUUAUUUAUCAUGCCAAACUGGGGUGGAGGAAACAAAUGCGGCGCCUGCCACGGGACGGUGUACCAUGCUGAAGAGGUCCAGUGUGAUGGAAGGAGUUUUCACAAGUGCUGCUUCCUCUGUAUGGUCUGUAGAAAAGGGUUAGACAGCACCACACUGGCCAUCCAUGACCAGGAAAUCUAUUGCAAGUCCUGCUAUGGUAAAAAGUACGGACCAAAGGGAUACGGCUACGGUCAGGGAGCAGGAACGCUCAAUAUGGACCGCGGCGAGAGGCUGGGCAUCAAACCUGAAGAAACCCAAACUCACCGACCCACCACCAACCCAAACCCGUCCAAGUUUGCACAGAAGUUCGGCGGCUCAGAGAAGUGCGCACGCUGUGGAGAGUCUGUGUAUGCGGCGGAGAAGGUGAUGAGCGCUGGGAAGCCGUGGCAUAAGAACUGCUUUCGCUGUGCCAAAUGUGGGAAGAGUUUAGAGUCGACCACACAGACGGAGAAAGACGGAGAAAUCUACUGCAAAGCAUGCUAUGCAAAGAACUUCGGACCCAAAGGAUUUGGAUACGGUCAAGGAGCAGGAGCUCUGGUCCACGCUCAAUGAUAGUACUUCUCUUUACUGUUAUUCAAGAGGUUGUUACUAUUAUUUCAAAAGAAGAAAAUAAUUUUGUUAUAUUUUCAUGACAUUUAACAGGGCUGGACAGUGCGAUCAUGUCACUCGCAUUUGCGAUUA